AUGAAUCACGAUCCACUACAGUGGGGAAGGCCCUCAGAUGAACACUAUGGUACAUAUAACAAGAGCAUUGCCUCUGCAUCCCCAUAUCCAAGCAUGCACACGCAACAACCCAUCGUGACCGGUACUUCUGUCAUAUCAAUGAAGUAUAAGGACGGCGUUAUCAUUGCCGCGGACAGAUUGGGUUCUUAUGGGUCACUUCUGCGUUUUAGUGAUGUAGAAAGGCUUUUCCCUGUGGGGAGAAACACCGUGGUUGGUAUUUCUGGCGAUAUUUCGGACAUGCAACAUUUAGAGAACUUGCUGGAUGAAAUGCAGACAGAAAACAAUUACGACAAUGAAUACGCAGAGGACGAAGAAGCUUUGAAACCUAGCUACGUUUUCGAGUACCUAGCCAAUGUCAUGUACAACCGCAGAUCAAAAAUGAACCCACUCUGGAACGCUUUGAUAGUUGCAGGUUUGGAAGAUGGUAAACCGUUUUUGAAGUACGUUAAUUUACUCGGUGUAACAUACUCGGCCCCCUCGCUUGCAACAGGGUUCGGCGCACACCUUGCUUUGCCCUUGCUGAGGAAGAUCGUGGAUUCUGAAUCUGAUGUGAAAAAAACCAGUGCUGAAGACGCUGAAAAGUCUAUAAAAGAAGCAAUGAAAGUCCUUUUUUACCGAGACGCUCGCUCUUCGAGGAAUUAUUCUAUUGCAAUUGUUGACAGCAAAAAGGGUUUGGUACUAAACAAAGAUGCAGUUGUUGAGGACAUGGUAUGGGGAUUUGCCAAAGACAUUAAAGGCUAUGGCACGCAAAAUGUGUAG